AUGGGGUUGGUGCUUGCCUUCCUGCCUUCCUGCCUGGCCACCUACCUCCGUCUCCAUGUUCCCACCUCUAAUCGAAAAUUCCUCCAGCACACAGUGAGGUGUAACGCCUGCACAAAAUACGCUUCUCUAAUACGCAAGUUAAAUAUGCCGCCGCAUGUUGUGCCGAUUUUCCCCACCACCCGUCAAUCCCCGUUAGGACAUGACAUGACGUAUAUUGCUGCCAGCUGCCUUCAACAGACGAAGUCCAUUUUGCAAAAGCCACUAGUCGCUGAAAAGGCCUCUCGAGAUGCUGGUCUUUUUUUGACAAGGUGGGAGCUGCUGCACGCCAGCAUGCACAACAAGGUCUUCACUCGCCAUCAUGAUGCAGACUGGGCACCAUCGGAUGCCAUUCUGGAAGAGAUAACAAACGGUCGUCGGGCUGUUAAUAGCUUGCGCUUAAGAAGGCACGACAGAAGCUUUGGGAUCUACAUAGGUGUGCCCAUCAGUGCGAGUGUCCUCGAUAUCGCGCAGGUCGGGGAUCAGCGCGGUUUUGCGAGGGUCAUUCAUGAGAUGUUUCGCUUACGGCACGAGCGCGUUAUAUCCUGGCGCUGGCUGUGCACUAGGACGAGCACAGAUACAGUCACGGUAUCAGAUGAAUUCAGUCUUUAUAAGGCGCUAAUCAAUGGCAACGUGACCAAGAUUAUCAUAUCUGAGAACAUUAAACUGAAGUCAACGUUUUGGGGUCAGAUUUAUAAGGUUGUGAACAUCACGCGCAACCUGACCAUGGAAGGGUCAGCGCUUGAUUGGGAGUCCUUUGUCGAGCUCGACUUCGGCCUUAUACAGUCAAAGGUGGUGCUGUGGGAUGGCGCAAUACUUACUUUUCGGCGUUUGGUUCUUCUGGACGUCUUCUCGCGGAAACAACCAUCGUAUGAUUUUUUUGGAGCCUCACCCUCUUCGUCUAAAAUAAUGAUGGUUGAAGUUGUUGACCGCCUCACUAUUUGCAUCCCCUUCGAGCCGCCUGGUGAGCAGUUCAGUCGUGUUACAGUAUUGCGCACGCCGUACACCGUACCAGGCUGGCGCGCAAUACCCAGGAUUGCUGCUUAUCCCGGAGAACAGAACCUGACUCUCAGCGACGAAAAGUUCUGCCCGCACACGUCAAGCCGCUGCUUCUCACCCCUUGUACGCGCCUGGGACUGGGCAAUAAACAGCAGCUCUGGCCCCAACCUAUUGUUAGCUAACAAUAAUGCGCAAGUUGUGUAUAGUAGCCGGGGCACUUUGCCUUCCACCUUCGGAAGAUUUUUCGACCCUGGCAGGUCUCAAACCCGGGAUCUCCCGGGGGCAAUGGACUGCAUUGAUGAGAUGGGCCCGGACUUGUGCUAUGUGACUUCAUUGCAGUUGAUGCUGGGUUUGGAUGUGUUGCCGGAGGGGCAGCAGACCAGCAAGUCCGUGGCCGAUCAGGGGCUCCCCAGGAACACCAGUCAAACGUCGGCCGGGAUCACCCGGGCACCACUGACGGUCAACCAGAUGAACUGA